AUGGCUUCUCCAAUCUUUGGCGAGUCUUCAAAAGGAAUUGGAAGAAUUCGAAAAGAGAAAUGCAAAUUCCAUGAGGCGUGCUUUUCCCCGAAAACCCAACUCGAUGAGCCGCCAGAUAAGAAAAAGUUAUCCGCUGAACGAUUGCUCAAAUUCAUCCUAUUCAACGAGGAUCGCGCGGAUGUGCAUUUUUUGUUUCCAAAUGAGACUGAGUCAGUCAUUCGUUUACCCGGUCACAAGCUGAUUCUCGCGACACGAAGCGAUGUUUUUGGAGCUCAAUUCAGCGGUCGUUUCACUGAUGAGGACGAAUGUCUGAUUUGUGACGUCUCGUCAGAAUCAUUUCGAGAAUUUCUUCGCUAUUUGUACACUGAUGCGAUCGAGAUGACAAAAUUGGGGAUGUUCGUCGAGCUAUUGUACUUGUCGGAGAAUGUCUUCAAGUUGAUCGACAAGCGAAUCGAUCACGUUCUUGACUCACAGCUCUUCCUACAAUUGCCCAAAGAAGUGGUGAAAGAAAUCCUCCAAAGAGACUCGCUGAAGUGUAACGAGAUCACGAUUUACUCUGGAAUGAUCAAAUGGGCUGAGGCUGAGUGCAAGAGAAACGAUUGGCCGGUAGAUGGAGAGGAUUUGCGGAGAGCUCUCGAUGAACUUUUGCAUCUAAUUCGAUUCCCAACAAUGUCCGGCGAAGAGUUCAACAAUGGCCCCGUUGCACAGGGAUUGUUUGAGGGAAAGGAAGCUUACGACUUACUCCUUUGCAUCAACUCACUCCAGACAAAGAAAGAUUCCCCGACGCAGCAAGGAGAGGCCGCUUUUUACAGCAUUGUGAAGCGAGCCGGCCUCUUCUCUCGGAAGCCUGAUUCCAAUUGGCAGCCACCGAUGGUUUUCGUUCCCGGUGAUCGCCAUCGUCCGAAUCGAUACGAUGGCUUUGGAGGACACUUUGGUGGAAUUAGACACGAUUAUUCCGGGCUUUUCAGGAGAAUCACCCCGGAUCACUCGACGUCCGAAGAGAGCGAAGAAGUGGACGAGGGGGAGGAAAGGGUUCGACCGCAGCUUCGAGAUAGAGGAUUCGGCAAUGGCGGAGGUUUCGGUGGAGGGAUCGUGCCAAGAGGCGGCGAUUUUGGUGAGAGGCGAGUUUUCGUCGCCGCCGUCGCAGCUGAGCGUUUCGCGUUUCGGGAUGAAGCUCGUGACGGUUUCAUGGGAUGGCGUGAACGCGAAAGAGGAGUUCGAAUGAGGAAUCGCUUUCGAAGGAGAAUAGGUCGACCACCAGCUGGACAACAAAGAGAUAGGGACGAGGUGGAAGCGGUGAGGAGGGGAGGAGGAGAAUUCGAGAUCCGAGUACAAGAGCUGCCUGGACCCGAGGAUAAC